AUGCAAUCAGCUAAUACGAUACCUUUUUCACAGACAACAACAAUUCCGCAACAACCAAUAAAAGUGAAACCUAAAUUAUCUAAAUUUCAAAAUCAACAUCAAAAUAUUCAAAUCUCAAUAAAACAAGCUCCUCGAGCAAAAUCUUAUCAUACUAUUCCAAUUGUUACUACUUUUACUACUACUACUACUACUACUACUACUACUACUGCUACUGCUACUACAUAUAUUACUACUACUAUUAUUCCAUCAAAAUUUAUUCAAACCGGAUUACAAAACUCUAAAAUUCAUUUAAAUCAAUUUCAAUCAACUAUAGGAAGGAAAAAAUUAGCUGGUACAAUUAUUCAAACUAAUAAAACUAAUCAACUAAAUCCUAAAAUUCGAUUUGAAAAUACAUUUAAAUUACCUCCUAUUCAGCAAGGUAAACCAAUAUCUCAAGUUUCAAUUCCAAAUCCAUUGUCACAAAAUUUCCAACGUUUGCUGUCACCAUCAUCAUCAUCAUCAUCAUCAUCAUCAUCAUUGUUAUUAACUACGACAACAUUAUCCAUUCCCGUUACAACUUCAUCCGUUGCCUUAGGCAAUAUUAAAUCUCAAUCAGCAAUUUCAACUGAGCAAAUUUCAUCGAAUUCAUUAUGGUUUAAUGAAACACUUCCUUCAUUUGGUACGGUAUUUUGA